AUGGAAGUCGACAAGACCAACCGCCACCCCAAUGCUGUCCCCGUCGGAGCGGCCAUCUUCGACGAACCUGUCUCAUACCUGGACCUCAAGGCCUGGAUCGCCGAACAAGAAGCGCUACCCCAGCCAGAGCCACUCACUGAUAUCCAGAGGAGAGCCAUUCUGGACCUGAAGAGAUCCAUCGUCAAGACGAAGCAUAGUUUUAGCAUCGACGAAGCUGAUUGGGUCUCUCUACUUAUGAGAUACCAGCAGGCCCAUCAAACGGAAGGAUGCGAGACCGAGUAUAAUGAUAACCACCAGAAUCAGGUCGGCAAGGUUGGCUUCAUGUGCUUUGUCUCACUUCGAGUUACCAGGGACUGGGAGCCGAUACUCUUCCCCAGCGAAGCGAAUGGCCUGUUGCAGGACGAGACUACCGGAGCAGGUUUUGUACCGCAAUUCACCAGGAAAAAGGACGCAAAACGGUACGCAGCCAAGUCCGCUAUCGAGUGGCUUAUGUAUCAAAAAUACAUGCCCUCAGAUUGCCAAAACGUGACUUUCAAGACAAAGUCCAAACCUGCCAAUCACCAAAACGGGCAGUCGAAGCAAACGCCUCGAGUUCCGGCUGCGGUCCCUUCGGCCAUUACUCCCCAGCAGAGCCCUACGGCACCGGUCAAAAGCAACGGACUCGCUAAUGGUAAUGGCGUCGUGUCUGCGCCCAUCUCCAUCCCCGCCACGCCAUCGCCUCCCGCGACCGGGGAAUCGGAAUCAAACAACAGUAGCAACGGUGCCUCCCUAAACCCAAAUGCCGUGAGUAACACCGGGAACUCAUUGGCACCCUAUCUUGCCAAACCACCUCCGGCUGCCCAACCUACUCGUAGGAGAGGCACCGACAAUCUUCUUGAUAUUGACGUCCAUGACAAUAGUAUCUCGGUUCAACAACGAGUAGCUGAGAUGUGCAGGAGAUUGGGGAUGAAUAUGCCGCAAAUUAAAGUCGAACCGAUUCCUGAUACUCAGAACAUGUUUCGCGGAUGGGCCAUCUUUCCGAUCGAGGCCGGGCCGGUACCCGAGCAUGUCGGGCGAGUGGAAAGCGGUUUAUUGAAGACCCCCACCAAGGAGAUGGUGGCUGAGCAAGUACUGGAAUUUUUGUUCCAACUUGAGCAGGAACGGAUUGCGUUGUGCGAAUCUUUCAUUGCGGAUGACUGA